GCUGAACUCAGAAGACAUUCCAGAGUUCAUUCUGAUGAAAAACCUUACUGUUGUGAAACUUGCGGAUAUACUUCGAAAUGGAAAUGCGAUUUAAAAAAACACAUAAAAACAUACAAUCACGUUUUUACAAAAAGUAAGUGUAAUUAUUUUACUGACAACUUAACUACAUUACAAAGACAUUUGACCAAACAUGGAAACGGAGGUCGUUACAUAUGCUACCAUUGUGAUUACAGUGUUAAUCGCCAACACGUUCUAGAAAAUCAUAUGUCGUCAGCUCAU